AUGUCAGGAAACGCAGACGAGCAGAAGCAAGAGGACCAGCCCGUGCCUUACGAGGAGGGCAAGGAGAACUCACACCAGGACAACGACUCCAAGGACGAGCGCAGCAUAGCCAACCGCCUCGCAGCCGCCAAGGACCAGAACGACCCGGAGGACGGCAGCGGCAAGAAGAAAACGGAGGAGCAGAUCGCCGGCGCGCACGACCCCACCCUGCCUGCCAAGAUGCACGGCAACGAGCCCUCGCGCGGCGCGAAAAUUGACAAGGCCAUCGAGGACGAGGAGGCUGAGAUCUUGAAGCGCAUGGAGGAGAGCAAGGCGGCCAAGAAGAAGCACUGA